UAUAACCUAUUGAUAUCAUUAUGUUUACCAACGCAUUUAUCACCUUUAAAAUGUGAAAGGAAUUUAAAAUGGGGAAAUUAAUACUCGUGCUCUUCCUUGUUAUAUUUGCGACAGUUGAAGUCGACGGCGAAACUUCAAACCAGACAGCAGAAGUCGAGCCUGAAGAAGGAAGAGAAUCAUCAAGGCCGAACACAUGUGAAGCCAAGUCCCUUAUUAAGGAAUUCGACAGUAAAGUUAAAAGCUACUGCCGCACUUUUAGGCGUUCCGAAGGUACACAAUUCUACAAAGACUGCAUGAAGCGCUGGAAAACGAAAUAUGAGACUCAAUGCAAGAAAUGUCGCCAAAAACAAAAGCGAUGUAAAGCAUUAAAGAAACUGCACAGGCGGCUUAGAAACACCCAACGACCAUCGCCAAGAAAUUUAGCUGUCCAGAAAACAGAUAGUCGUUGGCUAGAACACUGCAUUGUUAAGGAACAGCUCAAGAAUCUCGACACCGAGAUUUGUUGUGAUGAUCACAUUGAAAAGCGGCGAUUUGGUAAAUCAAGUAUAUGCUGUGGUAAAACCCAGUUCAACGGAAAACUGCGGAUCUGCUGCAAUGGUACAGUCGCCUGGCUGGACAAAAUACCACGAAAGGCCGCUGCAUGCUGUGGACAGAAUCCAAUCAACAUGAAAACAACGGCUUGUUAUAAAGGUUAUGCAGUUCGCAAAGGCUCAGUGGUGCCCAAAGAUUCGGAGCCUGAUGCCAAGCAAAAUGAUAGCGACAAAGCACCGCUUAUGAUACACACCGAGGAACAAAAUGAUACCAACAGAGUGAAAAUACAGUGGUCAUUAAUUGGUUCGGGCGUCACAGUCAUCGUGUUUUUCAUUGGUAUUGUGAUGUAUUGUAUCUGUAGAAAAACACAUGUUUGGCCAUGUAUCGAUAUAGGGAAGACACCGAUUACAACUCCGGGAGGGAAACUCAACGCUACAAAUGGUAAAAGGAACAAAACUUGCUCAAAUAAACAAAGGGAGGUAACAAGAGAAUUAAUAGGUGCUCGUUAUGCAGCGUUUAAUAGAGAAACUGAACAUAAAAUGUUGCUAUCAAAAGAAGCGAACACUACGCGUAACGAAAGUUGCAACGCCUUUCUGGGUAUAUCUCAAAACAGAGACUUUCUCUGUAAUAAUAUGUUUGCCAAUAGCGAUACUAAUCCUUCUCCUGAUGAUUGGAAUGAAACAGCUGUAAAAACAGUUCAUGAGUUUCCUGUAAGACCUACAGAUAUAAUAGGAGAAAGCGCAGAUAAUCAAAGCGUUACUGGGCAAACAUAAAUCACCACCUUUUAGCGACCCCUCUAGUUAAUCUAAGAACGCGUUUCAAUGCCAUCUUGACGUUUGAUGUCAUUGUAUAUUUGUCUAACUAACCUGUCUAAGUUAGAUACAAUUUGAGUCUUUGGGUGAAACAGUACACACUGUUUAAUUGCUUGUGCCAGAAACGUUCAAUUGUUUGAAAGGGAGUUUUGCUCUACACUAAAUUCCACGCUUUACAAUUUGAAAGUUCAGUUAAAUUAAAAAAAACGUUUGAAAGCGGGUCAAUAAAUAGUAAUUUUAAGUAGAACUUUAGCACAUUUGAGCUAAUUUUGAAGUAUUUAAGCCAAGUAUAAACACGACGCCCCUUUGCUCACUGUUUAAUAGUUUUUCAUUACACGAUGCAACCGCAGGUCAGGCUUUAAAAACAAAUCUUAAGAUGAACAGGUAUUGUUUAAGGACUUAUUAUUAGUUUGAUUUGUUUUAUAAAUUUAUUUCACCCAUUCUUAAUUAUGGAAGAAACGUUUUUAAAGCAAUGUCACAGAGCAAAAACUUAUGCAAUACUGUAAAAUAUUGUUGGGUGGUAACAAUACACAGAAUGAAUUUUAUGGCGAGCUAUGACGUGUACAUUCUAGGCAAUUAGAUGCCGUAUUAUUGCAAAGUAUUGGGUUAAGUUAUAACGUAAAUGUAAUAUUUUUAUUUUUAUUUUACUUUAUUGAAUAUCUGUGAAAGAUACGCCAACAGAAAAGUUCGUUAUUUCGAGAUUUGUUUAGUUCACUUCGUUUUUAUGAUGUAUGGUUCUUUCCAGAAGUAGGAAAUGAUAAAUUAUUUCUUGGUUAUAUCUAGCAGAUACUAAAUGAUACUUUUUCCAAACAAGAAGCUCAAGGAGAGCAUUGUUUUAUAACAAUAUGGCAUGUUUUAGACUUCAAUCUUAAUAAAUCUCAUGCAUAAUUUAAUAGUUCGAUUUAGUUUAUCGAGGUUACGUGUAUCUGCACAUAUAUUUAAGAUUGAGAGUGGAAGAUUGGUGAAGCACGAUCCUAUACCUGCUAAUGAGAGGAAAAUUUACAUAUGCCUAGUCUUAGAAGACGAAUACCACUUUAUUCUUAAAUGUGGUCAAUACUCUGAUAUAUAUAACACGCAUUUAUAUACCACAUUGUUUUAGAUGUACACCAAAUACGCAAAAAAAAUAAUUAAAUACAGCUAAUCAGGAGAACCUGUUAAGAAAACCUAGUAUGUAUGUUUACAGUGCAUGUUUAGUUAGAUCAGUUGACAUGUUUGCGUCCUAAUUAUUAUAUGUGUAUUGUGUGCCUUUUCGAUUUUAUUCAUGUAACGUUUUUGAUAUUGUACAUUUAGUUACUUACGAAUAACAUUCACUUGAUUAUUAUACAUGUAUGAAAUACUUAUAUAUAGAUAGAAUUACUGUAACAUAUUUAAAGUAAAUCUGAAAAUGAUAGUUUCAUUUAUAGUGUAUGUGAUAUUUGUAGUGUAGUAACUCUUAUCUGAAUCAAACUAAGUACAUUUUAAAAAGUAUACAUGAUUGCUGAAUCAAUUAUAUUUAAAUUUUCAUUUGGACAAAUAUUUUCUGUCUGUAUUUUUAUAAGCUUAGGCUGCAUAUUACCACAAAGUUUUCAUUGUGUAAGUCAUUUAUAUACGAUGUUUCUCUGCAGUAUUCUACCAAUUUUAUUUUUUAAACUAAUCUGGCUUGUUUCAGGUAAGAAUAUUUCAAACGAAAAUUUUAAAGAUUUAGUUAUUUCCCUAAAGCUCCCAAUAUAUUCGUUUUGUAUAGGUUGUCAGAUGUAGGGAGUUACAGAUAUUUGUUAAUAUAAAUUUCAUCCCAUAGUACGGUUGUUGUAGAUUAUAAGUUUCUUCCAUGGCCGAUGGUGUGGCUAUGGAAGAUGCUUUUCCUCUCACCUCAGAUAAACAAAAUAAAGCAAAACUGUAUUUUCACUGAAACUCUUUUGUGUGUAGUGAAAUUAAUGUGCGUAUAGAUAUGUGAUAAUUCGUGGUUGUCAUGGAUAUGCGCGCAGUGAUUCAGAUUUUGUAAAUAGUCAAAUCGUUCUUUAAAUAGUUUUGGGGAGUGUGCAGCAUUAUUUUUACAUGGAGGUAAUUGUGUGAUGACAAUAAAAAAGGAGUUCCAUAUGGGUACUUGUUUCAUCUUUGCCCGUGGGCAAGAUAAGAAUUUCUAGCAUGGUCAAAUUUUUUGAUCUACUUAUCUGAGGUGGGAGAAAAACAUUAUAUCUACAAAAUGAAUUAAACGUUCGUUUUUUAUGAGUAUUGUACAUUUACAUUGUAAGGUUUUAAACAAUCGAGAAUAUUUUUUUUUAUAAAGAGAUGACAUAAAGAAACAUUUUGACUUACUAAAAGUAUGUAUUUGAUGUAUAUGCUUUUUAGAUAGUUAGUAUUAUUUUGAUUUAUUGUUUAUGUUUGUAAAAUAUAUGCAUCGACCGAUGACACUGUUUUGUAUAUUUAUUUUGUCCACAAGCUCCAUGACAUUCUGGAUAUUUUGGAUAUAAAUCUUGCAUCUUGAAUCUAUCGCCACGAGAGAGGAAUGAUAUGUUUUAGUGACAAAAAUGUAGAUUGGCGUGGCAAUAGUUUUCUUAUCAGACAUGCAUAUUAACGCUUGCACAUAUUUUUAUUUUUGCUGUAAAAUGUUGUAAACAUAAACCAGGUCGAUUUCUUUUCAAAUGGAAGAAGAAAAAAAAUGUUUUCUUUGCGAUGUUUUACGACUAUUGCUUUAUGCUUAUCAAACCAUUUUUUGUGAGCCAGUGGUCGAUAUUAAUCGAUAUUAAUAAAAAACAUUUAUUAUGCA